UGGAGAUACGUGUCAAACCAGUCUUAGGACUGAUGACCUUAUGAUGAUGAUGAUGACACCUUACGUAUAAUACCAACAAUGAGUAGGAAUGUAAGGACAACUUAAAGUAAUCGUGGCUUAACCUUCAAAAGUAUAACAUUAAAAAGAAAACGACCUUGAAUGCUGCGGCGGAAUCUAAAUCAUUCCAGCUAAAGAAGGUUAGCAAAAUCGUGACAGUUUGAUACAUUGCAGAGCCAACUUCACAGAGUUUGCCAUAAACUGUACAUCCGUUCACAUUGAUCUUAAAAUAAAGAUCUUUUUUUUUUAAACCUCCGCUUCUACUUCUAAUGCUAAAAAGUGCAUUCUUUUUGAAGCAACCGUCUGUCAAAAAUGACAUUCUGGCAUUUUUGUACGACACUAUUUGAACGACAUUCAUUUUACGUUGAUUGAUUUCUUCAAACUACUCAUUGAUGACUUAUUUCACGCUCCCAAAGGAAUUUGGUGAUGUAAUAAGUAACUUCGCAGAGAGCUAUCUUACCGAUCGGCCGGACGAUAUUAUUGAAUAUGCAGCUGGGUAUUUUGAGCGUUUACAGUUUCGCGCACUUGCAGUUGAACAGGCGCCCCCUCAUGAUACUCGGAUCCAUGGAAUCGAACACGUCUCUCACCCCCUUAACUAACAUCAGUAGUAGUAGCAGCAGCACCUACAGUAGCCAUACAACUUCCCCACUUCAACAGAUUGAACAGGAGGAAGACGAGGUCACAAUUUCAGCAAGUCCUCAAAAAAAUACGGAAGAAUAUUCGUAUCUCAUGGACAUGCUCCGGAAUAUACCUCGUUUUUCUACCGUCGACGAAGUGAUCUUAAAAGACAUAGUUGACAUGAUGUAUCCAAUUUUCGUGUCAGCAGGCGACACUGUGUUUGAUCAAGCCGAUCCUCGAAACAAUAUCUACGUGAUAGAGCAGGGUAUCUUCCAUGUUAUUACGCUCAGUCGCGACACUUGUCAAGAAGAAAUUCUAUAUGUUUACUCACAUCAGGGCAAUUUUGGGCAGAUGUUCGUUAGAGAAAACUGUCCCAUUCCAGCGUCAGUAAGAGCAGUGACCAAUGGCGUUUUAUGGAUAAUCGAAGGACGGGUCAUCCACAGAAUAAUUGCAGGAUUGAAAAAGUCCACAAAUAUCAUUAACAAUUAGUUCAGAGUCAAUUUAUUUAUAUAUAUAUAUAUACAUCCACGCAUUUUAUUCUACGCGUGUACUUAUAUGUUAUACUAUUAUGUAAUUUUUAUUUUGUUUUGAGUUAGUUUAAUAAAAA